UGUAAGAGAAGCGAUGAAGUUUGUGCGACGUAACCAAGUACCCAAAGCGCUCAUAUGCUGUGACUCCCAAGCGGUUAUCAAGGCUCUCACAGUGCAGAGCCGUGAUCAUCCGGUCUUGGUGGAGAUCCUAGAGAUAAAUCAUAAAAAUGUACGAGAUGGGAUCGAUUGCAUCGUUGUCUGGGUUCCAGGACAUAGUGGCAUAGCUGGUAAUGUCAGAGCUGACUACUGGGCGGGAAAGGCUCAUGAUAAACCUAAUGUGACUGAUGUAAAAAUAGGACAUCGGGAAUUUGUGCCACUGGUGAAGAGUCGCGUCCGUGUGUUAUUUGAAAAUCUGUGGUUAGAUUAUCGUCCAACUCUACUGAAGCAGAUUAAAACAGAUAUAGGACAUUGGAAUUCUAGUGUACGUGCCAGUCGAAAGGAGGAAGUGGUUUUGUGUAGGAUGAGACUCGGACACACUAUUUUAACUCACUCGCAUGUUAUCGACCAACUACCGCCUAUUGUCUGUGAACUGUGUCAAUGUCGCCAAGAUGUUCAACACAUACUGUUAGAAUGCCGAAAGUACACUGUAGCGAGGAGGAGACUCGCAGCGGCGUGUCGAGAUGUCGGCGUCCGCAUGUCGCUGGGGAUUCUCCUGGGAAACGGUGAACCCACGGUGGUGGAUGCAGUGUUCGAUUAUCUUCGACAGUGCAACUUAUACGACAAACUCUGAACAAAGGACGUAGAGGCGUUAUGGGUGCUAAGUGAUGAUAAUGAAAUGUAUUUUGUUUCCAUAUGUGCUAUGGCUUCAGAUAAGCUCGACACAAUCCUUCAUGUUAUGUUGAAUCCAAGAACCAUGGAUUAGGUAUUUCUAGGUUAAAAGAGUGGAUUACUACUCGAGCUCAUGCAUUCAUGGUUAAGCAAUACUUCCUCCAUGGUCACGUUGUAAGAACACCUGUCUGAAAUGUCUGAAAUUGGUUGGGUAUGUUAUGUGUUUCUAUGUCACCCCCAUACUGUGAAGUGAAAUCCCUAAGUAUCGUGUAACCCCCAUGUCAAGACCCAAGUUUUGUGUCUUUUUUUCUUUUUUCUUUCUAGAUAGAACCAUGCCUUCUCCCAGAGCGCCUUUUGCCCCCUUGAAGAAUGAGCUGUAUUGCUCUUCCUGCUUACCGAGCUGUUUGGCUAUCCCCAAGUAGCUAAGACUGUAAGUAGCAUUGUAGUAUUCACAACUAACAUUAACUUCUCUGUUCUCUCCUCGCCCAGGACAUAUCCUACCAAGGCUAUCUCCUAACCAUCGCAAUUUUUCCUCUCCCCAGUCAUUCCUCAUCCCUACCCGGAAACCUGCUUAGUUCCGCUUAGUACCACAACCAUACGCCUACUGCAACUCUGAAGACUACAAGAGGACAUACCAACUUGGAAGUUGGACGCUUGAGCCAAGCUGCUGCGCGCCCUAACUCUUCAACAACAACAACAACAACUUGUGUAAACUGACCAAGAUCACCAACUUCAGCCUUGCAAUGCCUGUUCAGGCUGUGUUCAUUGUGGCCAUUGGUGGUUUUUUUUUUGUUGAUUUUGAGUUGUGUUAGGUAUACAUUUCGAUUAAAAGAUGUAUGGUAAUCAAGAGAAGGAAUUGCUGUGGAUUCGACAUGCUGACUCUUCAGGGGCUGGUUGUGAUCCAGGAUCCAGUGCAUUUAAUCAAGUCCUGAAUGGCAACUUCAUUGAAGCACUGAAGUCUGGGGACAUCUGGAGGGUGCUGAGUCUGGAUUCAGAAGAGCUGUGGACCUCCUGGGAUUUAGAGGCUAUUGCUGCUCAUAUAUCAGCUUCGCUUGAUGGCAACAGCAACAAUGCCAGUGACAGUCUGCUGCUAUCCGGCGUGGCUGCCUUGUGUCUGUUUGCCCAGGCCAACUGGACCGGACCCCCUUUGGAGGAGGAAGGUGUGUCUGUCCUCGGGAGCGCCAAGGAUGAGCACAGAACAAGAUGUAUGGCCCAUUUAGCCGUGGAUGCUUGUGACAUCCAUCAGAUGACUCGGUGGCCGCAAGCUCUGGCCAUUGCCAGGGUCGUGUUCGAAGGCUGUCAGCAUCUUCUCAGCUCCUUGCCGUCGUUCCAGCUGUGGCGGGUCCGGUACUGCUUGCUCUACCAGCAGGUCCUGGAGGAGACUUCGCCGCAUCUGUUCAACCUGUUCCUGAAGGAUAUCGAACUGUCUUCAGAAACACAGGCUCUGCUAAAAACAUCCACUCAGUUGACGGUGGAGCACUACCUCACGGUAGCGAACAUGUACAACUACUACCACUACGUCACAGAGGCCGACAAGUACAUCACCAAGGCACAGCACGCGCUCAACAUCAAGCUGGAGAUGGUCGGCAUGCUCGGCCGGCGGACCCACUUCCAGGAAUCACGCGCUCAACUAGCGCUGCGAGUGAGUGACGUGGACUCGCCGAGCCCGACAGCCGCCUCCCCUGGGGAGCAGGGAGAGGACGAACGCCCGGGGGACGGUGAGAAGACCUCAGGCCGGCCGGCGGAGCGGGAGCGGCCGGCGGAGGACCCCUCCGGGCCGCCCGCGUGUCCCCGGCUGCCCACCGAUGUGAAACUGAACGACGACACGCGACUGGAGCGAGUGCAGUAUGACGAGCCGUCAGCCGAGACGGAGGCGUCGCCACUCCGGCAGGCAGUCAUACUGGCCACCUAUUUCCAGAAUCUGCGGGCGCAGGGUCGCAGUGAGAUCCGUGACGAGCAGCUGCUGGUGACAAUCAGCGCGCUCACCCACCAGCCGUUGGUCUGGGCCGUGCAGCUGUCCGCGCUGCUGCAGCGGAGCCGACUGGAGUCGGAGCACCGGCGGACGGUGGAGCGCGCCAUGCUCCAGGUGGAGGCCCUGGGGGAGGAUGUCUCCAGGCCGGAGCCGGCGGUGACGCACAGACUGCAGCUCUUCUUCAGCACACGGGUCCCCACGCACUGGGAGCUGAUGCGUGAGCUGGCCGAGCGCUACAUGGCGAUGGGCGUCACCAAGUCGGCGCUGGACGUGUUCGAGCGGUACCAGCUGUGGGAGGAGGCCAUCCGCUGCUACCACCUGCUCCAGCAGCGACAGCGGGCAGCAGAAGUGGUCCGGGAGCAGAUAGCCGCGCACGGUGAGACGCCCAAGCUGCUCUGUCUACUGGGUGACGCCACAGACGACGUCUCGUGCUAUCAGAGGGCCUGGCAGAUGUCCGGGGAGAAGUACGUGCGCGCCGUCCGCUCCGAGGGAUUCUACUACUACCACAGAAAACAGUACGAGAAGUGCCUGCCGCUGCUCAGUAAGGCGGUGGAGCGCAACUCGCUACAGUUUGACGUGUGGACCCGGCUGGCGUUCGCCGCACUGCAGACGGAGGACUGGAAGACGUGUGCCAACGCCUACCGGCGCUGCUGCUACCUGGAGCCGGACAACUACGAGGCGUGGAACAACAUCGCGCACGCCUACAUCCGCCUGGGCCAGAAGGAGCGCGCGUGGAAGACGCUUCAGGAGGCGCUCCGCUUCAGCUUCGACAACUGGAAGAUCUGGGACAACUUCCUGGUCGUGAGCCUCGACAUCGGCGAGUUCGAGGAGGCGAUCAGCGCGUACGGCCGCCUGGCGGAGAUCCAGGAGCGGCACGUGGACUGCGAGGUGCUCCGGCUGCUGGUGCGGGCUGUACUGAGCGACACGGCUGACCGAAACGGCGUGGGAGCCGGCCGGCUGCUCACCAAACUGACCAAACUGUUUGGACGGCUCACCGCCAAGGUGACCAACAACUCGGAAGUGUGGUCGCUCUACGGUGACCUGACCGGCGCCGCGGCAGCCUCCGAGGAGGCCCGCUUCCGGAGGAUCCAGCACUAUCAGAAGGCACACAGCUGCCUGGCGCAAAAGCCGGGCGCAGAAAAACAGCUCAACCUGGCUAAGCAGAUGCUGGAAAUCGCAGUCAAGCUGUCGGAGGCCGCUCUGACCUGGGUGGAGGCCGCCGCGCCGGGAUCCGACGUGGCCCGCAGUCUGGCCUCGGUGAAACUGUCAAUCCGUGGGACAAUCACCAAGGUUAAGACGGCGCAGACUGACAGCUCCGGUCAGGUGCGGGAGGAGCUGCGGCAGCUGUACGCAGACGCCGAGACGGGUCUCCAGCGCGUGCUGGAUGCCAUCCAGGCCCGCCAGGCCAGCUAGCACCGCGUGAACCAUAGGCGUGGGCUGUGGUGUCGGCGUGGGCGUGCCAGUUCAGGAGGCGUGUGGUGUUGUUGGAUUGUACGCCGUUGUUUGUUGUAUGAAACAAGUGGCAUCGUAUUUUGAUGUUUUUUUAUGAACCGUAUGUUUUCUCAUCAUUGUAUUACAUAAAUGGUGAUCUAUA